AGUGCAGUGCGAACGUCGCGACGGCUCAGACGUACCCUUUCACUCUCGCCGUCAGCAGAUAUGUGAAAUCCGACGACUCGCAAACAUGUUGUUACCGGUGCUGCUGCUCACCGCGUGGACUGCGGCAUGUCCGCCGGACCUGUGCGCGUGCAAGAAUCACCCAAACAACGACAACACCCUGUACUCCACGGAAGUGAUUUGUGCCGGCUACGCGGACGGGUUGGUCAAAGACCUGGACAACACCACUCUCGCGUUAAGUGUCGCCAACAUGAACCGCAGUGAUUUAAUCGACAGCUUAGUGAGUUGCUUAGUGGAGGACUUCCCUGUGCUACACUCUCUCACGAUUGUUAGUAGCGAUGUUACCAAUUACACCUUCAAUCUCGACGGCUUGCAGCUGCGAAGCUUAAAGUUGCCGCACAAUCAAUUGGAGUUUGUUCCCGAUAUAAAUCAGAACGUAUCGACGCUGCGAACUUUAGAUCUCUCCAACAACGCGUUCUCUGCCUUAGAGGAAUCAUUCUCGGCGUUACAAUCGCUUGAAAUGUUGAAUUUAAGCGCAAAUUCGUUGACAUACAUAGCCCCCAACAGCCUGACAGGCCUUGUCAACUUAAAGUGUCUCGAUUUAUCCGCAAACAACUUAACCAAACUGAACGACAGAGUGCUACUGCCCGUCACGAAUCUGCAAUAUUUGAACUUGAGCCGAAACAAGUUGGAAGUUCUCAAUGAAGUCUCCUUCGGCGCUCUGACGAAGUUACAGCAGUUGGACGUGUCGUGGAACCGGCUGGCCCGUGUAGCGCCCGGCAGUCUGCAGCUACCAAGCCUGGCGCGCCUCACUCUAGCGGGAAAUCCCGCGUUGAGCGAAGUGCUCGUCGACAGCGGACACCGGCUGCAGACGGUCGAUGCCUCCCGCACGGGACUCAAACAGGUGCCCGCCGCUUUAACGCACUCCAUCAGAACGCUACGUUUAGCCGGAAACUCCAUCACUACAGUUAGAUGCGGUGAUCUCGAUUCGUACCCGCUUUUACAACUCCUAGACUUUACAUCCAACGAACUGGAAAGCGUUGAGGACGACGCUCUAGGCCGACUGGAAACCCUAACGAUACUCUACCUCACGGACAACGGCAUAAAAGAAGUCCCCAAGAGUCUACCAGAGCAGCUGAGAGUGUUACACUUAGAACACAACGCCAUAAACAAAAUUUCCAGCGACGAUCUGCAGGGACUAAGCAACCUGGAAGUGCUGACCCUCAACGACAACAAAAUCAAAGUGGUGGAGCAUGCCGCAUUCACUCAACUACCCCAACUGGUAACAUUAGAUCUAUCGCGGAAUCCCAUCGCCGUUUUAGAACCGGGCUGUCUCGCGGGACAAACGCUACGUCUUGCCUCCAUCGCUCUAAUAACCCCGGCUAAAGACACCGCGUUCCCCAUUUCCGCUGCCGAACGCCUCGUCACGCUCGACUUGUCAGACAGCCCUGGCCUGGCGAGACAAUACCUAGGCGAUGCGGCCGCGUUGGUCGCCUCGAAGAAUCUGCAAGAGUUGGAUAUAUCACGAAACGCUCUAAGUCAUCUCCCAUCCAACAUCAUCGACUUCCUACCCCAACUGCGCGUCAUACACCUCAAAGAAAACUUAUUGGAUUGCACCAAUUUACACUCACUAGCUGCGUGGAUGAGAAUGAGGAACGAUCACGAGUACAAAGACAUUGUCUGCAAUGACCCAGCGGAAUUAUGGAAGUUACCACUAAUCGACAUACCCUACGACCACGAAGAAAAAUUAACAACAACAACAACAACAAUAAAAACAGUAACACAACCCCAACAAGACUUCAACUUAACAGACAUCAAAGACCUAAACAAGAUCGAUAUUAGAAGGAAAACAAUCCACUUCAUCCUCAACGACACCGUCGCCACCAAAGUAAAUGAUACAACCACAGAAAAACAAUCCCUAAUAGCCGUAAAGAAAAUCACGGUCCCGGAAUACAACAAAGAGAUAUCAUUAUCGAAGAACAAAAAGAAAAAAGUGUCGGUCAAGAAGGAACUAAGACUUACACCUGCACCGGAUUCUUCCAAAUUCUACGAGGAUGUAACACCUACAACAGAAAAAAAUACUGAUAAAUAUGCGCACACACAGAGUCAAAUAGAAAAAGAAUCGUUAGCCUACAUGGCCACAAACGAUACCAAGGAUUACUACGUUCAUCCAGGCAUGAUGAUUCUGGGGGUAACACUAUUAAUCACCAUAGCCGUCUUGGUGAUGUUGACAGCUAAAUUCACCAGGUUCAAACGAAGGCGUAUGGAGAGGGCGGUAAGGGAAGAUAUAGAGGUUAAUAGUUUACCUGGCAUUACAGAAUUGUGGUGACAUCUAAGAGACGUUGACGACGAUAGAGUGAUGCUCUGUGAAAACACUGUUACUUAGGUCGCGUUUUAUCUUGUGUUGAAAUUUGGAUCAAUGUAAACUUAAUGAAUGUUACACUAGUGUAAAUAACUGUUAAACUAACUAAACUCUCCCAGUUUGAACUCUCUAAAUUGUUAUAAUUAAUUAAAAAGUAUUUUGUAAGACGCGGCCGAGGCCUGCUUGUGAUAUAAGUGAAAUAUAUUUUGUACGACUGAGCCC